CUUUGUUUUUUGGAAUCUUAUGUAUAGGAGUAUGUAUUUUUUGCGUAUAUUUAGAGCGAAACGCAUUUAAUGAAACAACGGAAGGCAAAAUCAAUAUGAUAAAUUUUUACCUUACAAUCGUAGAUAUUAUUACAUGUGUACUUCUGAUAAUCGGCGUGAAACUGCUGAACUAUAUUUUUAUGAUACCUUGGCUGGUGUGCUUGCCUCUGACUAUUUUUAACUUUACCAUACCGAUGCGUUUAGUAAUGGAUACUUUUUGGAGUAUUGUGGCAUCCAUGGUAAUAUCCAUUGUCAUAUGGUUCUUAGUUUUGAGAAUGUUUAUAGAUAUGGUUAAACGGAAACACGCUUUAUCACAAGAAAUGUACGGGUCCUCCUUGCUGUCCUAUCAGAUUGCCACCGUGGCCUGACCUAAGCGGCCAAAAAUGCAGAGCAAAACAAAAUGGAAAUAUAAUGCAUCAACUCUAUCGCACCAAUGUCACACCAAUAUCUGGCUAUUGUUGUCUCGCUCACCCAUUGCACAUUGCGACAAAACUCACCUUCACCACUGUGCCCACUGUGUUGAAGUUGAGUUCGGCUGCCUGCUUUGCUCUCGAAUCGAUUCAAAGGCAUCGAAAGGACACACGGUCGAGCAGUAUUACGCAGAGCAGUGAGACAUGCACAUCGAAGCCAAGAAAUAAACACAAACCCCGCAAAGAAUGAUUUAAAGUAUAUAAGUAACAGAUCAAAACUAACUAACUAACAAUUAAAAUUAAACAAUUUUAUAUACUGUGCACUACGAAUGAUAUUUGAAUUUCAGGCAAUAGGCUUAUGAACGGCACUGUAAAUCAAUUACUGAGCGCAUUCUGAUCGGGCGAUGUGCAACAAAAGAAAUGUUUUUUUAUCGAUUUGUAGCAGAAAUUUUUGUUCAGCAGAAUAUUUGUUGAACACACAAAGAGACACUGAUAGGGUGUAUGUGUGUACGGGCGUUAACUGUGUGUGUGUGCGUGUGUGUGUUUCGUGCAGCAGCGGAAACAGGAACAGCAACUGGCAUUAGCGCACAACAAAAUGACACGAAUGCGCCUUACAAAAGUUAAAUAUAUUUGAAAACCCUUUCAAAAGCGACACACAAGUUCCUGCAAAGCCUUACAUAGAAUACAAAAUAUCAAACGAACAUUUAUUAUUGUACAUACUGAACUCAGUGCCAAAGCAUAAACGGAAACGCUUUCCACAUUACGCAUACGCCGUGUGCGCGCUAAACGUUAUCAUUCAACAAAUUGGGCCAACUUUCGGAGUUGCCCGUGCCGUUGCUGCUGCUGCUGCUGCUGCAGCUGUGGUCCUUUGUGCUGUCUGCGUGUGGCCCCAUCGAGCUAAACCAAUGCAUUUGAGUGCACAACAACAACGCCCCAAGCAACAACAACAACAACGCGAGCAACAAGAGAUACACCAGAGAAGGCGCCUAGCAUACCGCAAAGGACGACAAUGUCAUCCCUGCAGCGUGACUGGCAUUUACAGGGUUCACGGGGAUCGGUUUACUGCGCGAGUGAACCGGACCCAGCUGGUAGAGUCCAGUACGAGUCGGGAGGGCUCGUUCUCAACGACACGGCGGGGCCAGCCGGCAAUGCUGGUUGCAGUGUUGCCGGCCAGCCCGCAAGCGGCUCACUGUUCUCGAUUGUGUCCGCACCACCUGCACCGCUGCCCACUAUGGCCCUGGCCCAGCUGGAUGUCAAGCAAAUGGAGGCGCUGUGCGUGCCUUCACCCUCGCCGUGCGCCUCGCCAGCGCUGCGACCCGCCACGCUCAGCUUGGAUGCGCCCUGUUGCCCGCGCACGCUGCACGCCAGCCUGCUGGAGCAUCAGAUCUCAGAGCUGGAGGAGGAUGACAAUGAGAACCUGUUGACCGUGUCCAGCAUAACGGCUCGCCCGUUGAUAGCCAAAUCGCAUGAAUUGCGCAGCAGUCACAAGCAGCAAUUGUCGUCGGGCACGGCUCGCAGUAAAUGUCUGAAGCGCGCCAAGGAGCUGGAGCGCGCGCCAGUCCGUCGCAGUAAGCAGCUGGCCAAGGAUCGCGACUCAUCCACCAGCACGACGGAGAGCGGCGGCGGCUGUGCUGCAGAGCCACCCGAUGGCGGCUACGGCUGGUUCAUUGUCUUUGGCGCCUUCUCUGUGCAGUUCUGGGUGGCCGGGCUGGUCAAAUCCUAUGGCGUGCUCUACGUAGAGAUUAUGGAAACAUUUCCCAGCUCCACGGCCACAGUGGCCUCCUGGAUACCAGCCAUACUCUCUGCGCUCUGCCUGGUCCUCGCGCCACUCUCAAGCGCUCUCUGCCAGCGCUUCUCCUGCCGUUCGGUUGUCUUUGUGGGCGGCAUCUUUUGUUCACUCGGCAUGGUGCUCAGCUACUUUGCCACCAGUCUGCUGCACCUGCUCCUCACCUUUGGCAUUCUUACAGGAAUUGGUGGCGGUCUCUCGACGACGCCAGGCAUUGUGAUUGUCUCGCAGUACUUUGACAAGCAUCGCGCCCUGGCAAAUGGGAUCUGCGUGUCGGGAACGGCGGCCGGCAGCUUUGUGCUGCCCAUAUUGAUUAAGCAUCUGGCGGAGAGCUGUGGUUUCCAUGGCACGAUACUCAUACUUGGCGGCUGCAUGCUGCACGUGUGUGUGUCGGCCACUCUAUACCGACCGCUAAGCGACUAUGCCGAGCAGGCGCAGGCGCAGGAUGCGGCUAGCAAGCCCCUCAGUGAUGACAUCAAUCCCAGCACCACGGGCAUGCUGACGACAUCCACGUACUUGGGCACCUGCGAGGUGGGUGCCAAUGAGCUGAACGACAAAUUCAUAGAGCACUUGUUUCUGGAGGAAUGUAAGAAUCACCUGAACUACUAUGCCAGCAAGCAGCCAGCUCAAGACAAGUCGGCGCAGGAGAGCGACGAUGAGGUAAAGGACAUCAUUGGCGAAACCACCUUUAUAAAGCCCAUGAAAAAGGUGCGCAGCUCCGGUCUGCUGCACUCUGUGGAGGAUCUGAGCACAGACUCCACUUGGGUCUAUCGCAAACACUCAGGUACCGACUCGAAUCGCGGCAGUCGUCGACGUCGCAAUGUCUUUGCCAACGACGAGACCAUCAGCAAGAUCCAUGCCCAUCUCGAGAAGCCGCUCUCCCCACCGAGCGUGGUCAGCCGCGGUCUCAGCAAAAGCAUGGAAAUACCCACGCCCGUCAGCAAUCUCAGCGAGCUGAAGCAACAGCCAUCCGAUGGCAGCAUUCUUGACUCUCAGAUCUUAGAGUCCACGGCCGUCUUUGACGACGACGACGAUGACAAUGAUGCUGCCGACGAGGAUGACGAUGAUGAACGUCAGUUGAAGCCCAGCUGUUGCGCACGCAUCGAGAUGUAUCUGGACCUCAGUCUGCUGCAGGAGCCCCGAUUCAUCCUGAUGUGCCUGUCCGUCACGCUCAUGUCUGUCGGCUGUCCCUAUAUGCUCUACUAUCUACCCGCGCAUGUCAUAUCCAUCGGUUACAAUAAAAGCGAAGCGGGGUAUUUGGUGGCCAUCAGCGCUGUGCUGGAUCUGUGUGGACGACUGGGUCUGGGCUGGCUAUCGGAUCUGCAGCUUUUUGAUCGCAAGAAGACCUAUACACUAUGCAUCUUGGGAGCUGGCCUGGCAGUGCUGACAAUACCCUUUGCCAAGACCCUAGUACUGGUGGGUCUAUCAGCUGCCGUAUACGGCCUCUGUCUCGGCAGCUGGUACGUGCUGAUGCCCGUGCUGCUGGCGGAUGUGUUUGGCACGGAUCGCAUAAGCUCCAGCUAUGGAUUGGUGCGCAUGUUCCAGAGCAUAGGGGCCAUAUCGGUGCCGCCGUUGGCGGGCUUGCUGCGGGAUCUGUCCGGGGACUACGAGAUCUGUUUCUAUUGCAUGGGCUCAUGCAUGGCCUUGGGCUGUACGCCCCUGGUGGUGUGGACCAUACUGGAGGCACGCAACCAUCGGCUGUUCGUGCAGCACGAAGAGGACGAGUGCGAGGAGGCCUAGGGCACACACUUGGUUCAGUUUGUUGCUUAGCAAAGUUAUAAACAAAUACUUGUUUGUUGUUCGUGUUUUUAGUAGCGGUUACAGUUACACCUAAGCAUGUUUUCCAUACCAGUACAAAUACAAAGAGACACAGAAAACGUUAACAACCUGAGUUCAAAUGCCUCACCGAUAUCGUUGAUACUCUUACUGAUACUCUAACACAAGAAACCCAAAGCCACAUUUACUUUACUCAGCUCUCAUACACUUUAAACACAUUAAGGGAAACACUUAAAUGCAAUCCUAGGUUCGUCACGUCUGCAUAUAGUGCUUACUUAUGGUAUAUCAUCUGCCUGUUUAUCCUAUCAAAUAUUUGCAACAAUUGUGUAUUUAAUAAUGUUAUCCCAAAGCAUGAAAAGCACCGAAAGUUGCGCAAAGAACUGAGUUAAAAAGACAUGAACACCAAAAAUAAG